UCUUUGCACUAGAAGAACGUCGUCCAUUCUACGAACCUCUUUGUCCGCAACCCACUGAACGGCUCUGGCAAUAAUUACGAAUAACCUGUAGCUAGUUACAUCGUGGAGAACACCAAGCUUGCUAUUCAAUUUAAAAUAGUACGUCUUGGGGGGUUCUGCUGAUCGAUUAGAACCCAACUGAAUGAAAAUUUUGCAGAACGUAGGCGACAUGAGUUCCGACGCUAAGCCUGAGCCUAAAAAAGUCAAAAUGGAGAAUGAAAGCAAAUACCUCCCCGAGCUUCUGGCAGAAAAAGACAGUCUGGAUUCGUCAUUCACGCACGCCAUGAAACUAAUUUCUGCAGAGAUUGAAAGGAUUCAGAAAGGAGAGACAAAGAAAGAAGCAGAAAGAGAAACAUACCUGGACAUAUUCACCACAAAGAACAUCAAGGUCAAGGAGCGUGUUCUCAUUCCUGUAAAGCAGUAUCCAAGGUUCAACUUUGUUGGCAAGAUUCUGGGACCCCAAGGGAACACAAUCAAACGACUUCAGGAAGAGACUGGAGCAAAGAUCUCAGUGUUGGGCAAAGGGUCCAUGAGGGACAAGGCAAAGGAGGAAGAGCUGAGAAAGGGUGGCGAGCCCAAAUAUGCUCACCUAGGCAUGGAACUGCAUGUCUUCAUAGAGGUCUUUGCCCCGAUACCUGAAGCAUACCUGCGCAUGGCUCACGCCAUGGAUGAGGUCAAGAAGUUCCUCAUCCCUCAGGACACCAUGGAUGGUAUCUGCCAAGAUCAGUUCAUGGAGAUUGGCUACCUUAAUGGAGGUCAGGACUCUCAAUCCCGGGGGCGAGGUGGUCCUCCUGGCAGAGGAAGGGGAACACUCCCACCCAACUCAGCAGGAGCCAGAGGGCGAGGAAUGCCUCCUCGCGGUGGGGCCUCUCGUGGAGGAGCCCCUCGAGGUGGAACAUCUCGUGGAGGACCCCCCAGGGGUGGAUCAUCCAGAGGGGCUCCUGCUGGUCGUGGUGGACUCCCUAACACACCCACUAGAGGAGGCACAGCACCACGUUCCAGACCCCCCACCCCAGGGACACCAAGGAUGCUGCCGUCCCCAGCCCACUCCCAUCAGCAACAUCAGCACCAACAUCCACAUGCUCCGCCGCAAAAGGCAGAGUCCUACGAUGAAUAUCCUGCCUAUGAAGAAAGCUAUGCUGAGCCUGCGUAUGAAGGUUACGACAACUAUUAUAGUCAACAACCACCACAAGCGGACACAGAGUAUUAUGACUAUGGACAUGGGGAGGCUCAGGAGUCUUAUGAACCAUAUGCUCAGGACGAUUGGGAGGGUUCGUGGCCCGCCACUGGAGGCAAAGCCCCUUCUGCCCGGCAGGAUAAGCGGGGGUCCUACAGAGAGCACCCAUAUGGAAGAUACUGAACAGCCACUGGUAGAGAGUUGCCCUGGCAACUGUCUCCCUUUGUAACUCACUUUUAACUCUGCAAAGUAAUUUUCCUCUUUUUAAUUUCCCCCCCCCUUUUUUUCUUUUUUAAUCGUUUGGGCGGAACAAUUGGAUGUAUCUUAUCAAGUCGGCGUAGCAAGGUUUUUGAUAAUACCUUUUCAAUGUUUGUUUCUACUGCCUCGUUCAGUUUUAGGCUCUAAUUAAAUGGUUACUUAGAGAGAGAAAAAAAAAACAUUGUACAGUUUAAUGUUUAAAUGUUCUUUUUUUGAGGUUGUCUUCAUGAUGAUUCAGUGGCGGUUACAGACUCGCAUUUAGGCUGCAUUUCAAAAGUCUUUCAGCUAAUAAACUUGUUUAAAGACGACAACGUAAUAUCGGCAACUAGACUGGUGAAUAACAAAAUAACUUUCUGGACAAAUAAUUGUAGAAUCAAAAAUUCUUUAUUGAGGCCUACGUUUCAAUGUUUUAUUUCUUAGAGUUUUGAAAUCUAGCCUUCAUAGACACUGUUGACAGUCUGUCCUAAAAUAUCUAAGUCAUUUCUAUUCAAUUGUAUAGUGUAUUGUGCUUUAGGUAACUUUUGCGAUUGGCUUACAUUGGUUUACUGAUUUGGGUGAGGGGAACCUCUGACAUUUCUCACUUUGUUAGUGGUCCUACAAGGAUUUGGACAUGGUCCUCACAGGGUCUUUUAUGUGAGGGGAAAACUACAGCCAACUCAAUAUUAUGUACGUAAACUUAGGACAACUGUAUAAUGCUUUCUAAAGGUGUGCCGUCUCCAAAAUGCAUAGUGCUACGUGUGUACUCUAUCCUAAAUAGGAUACUAAAUAUAUCCAAAAAUGUUUUGCUGCAGUGCGUUGUAUCAAUAAAGCCUAAUUUGUUUUUGUUUUUUUAUCAAACUUAACCUGGUAUUUUGCUUCUGUUGUAUAGUAAUGCCUUCCACUAAUAAAACUGAUCCUCAUCUUGAGGUUCUUCACAAAACUCCAAAAACUA